AUGAUAAGUUCAGCUAAAGAAAGAGACAAAAAGAUUCUGGAAAGCUUAAAUUUAGAAUACUCAAACAUAUGCUUUGAUUAUGAUUAUUGGAAUUUGAAGCAAAAAGCUUUGAAGGUAUACAUGAAUACUUUUUAUGAAGAAGCUGAAAACUAUUUAUCCUUUAUCUUUCUUCGUAAAUUAGUCUGUGGAACCACUAUGGCAGAAAAAUACAACCUUAACCUUAUUGCUGAAUUCGUAUCAAAGAAAGGAUUUGGGAUAAAAUAUGAGAAUAUCGAUUCUUUGUAUCUCACCUGCUCAGAUAGGUAUUACGUAAAAAGCAAUGAAGCCUUUUUUAGAAAAGAACUUUCCAAAGAAGCGUAUUGGACUGAAAUGGUCAAAAUUACUAUGGAUGUGAUGAGAAAAUUAUGCAAUCAAGUAAAUGCUUAUCUUAGAAUAAAAAGUGAGACAUCUUAUCUAAAGAUGGCAUAUGAAGAGAUAUUAUUCCCCGUCUGCUUUACUGGUAAAAAGAAGUACUUUGGGGUUGGACAUGAAGAUGUAGUAAACUUUAAGCUGCAAAAACUUUUCAUGAAAGGGAUAGAUACCAUAAAGCAAGGUAAAUCCCAGCUUCUCAAAUUCAUCAGAGAGAAGAUAAUGAGAGAGACUAUGGAUAUAAAUAAUACAUGCUCAAUUCACAAAAUUGUUAAAGAUACUCUUAGAGAAGCAGAAAACAAGAAAUGGGAUUUCAAUGAAUUUAUUGUGAUGGGAACAUGA